AUGCCUACUCUUCGAACUCGUAUCAAGGAACGCAGGUGGAACAUCCCCUUGGCAAUGACCGUCUGGCUCCAUCCGCCUCCCGCAGAGAAGCUCGCCUGUACAGGACGCGAGUCCGGGUACACUUUCAAAAACCGUCUGCCGGAAGCACAGGACGACCCAGUCAUUCGCAUGAUCAUAUACGCCAUCCGCCGUCUGGAGCGUGAGGAUCUGUGCAUGGCUGCGGCGAAGAUUCGGGUUUACAACGCUACAAGUAGUCGACCAAUCUGGCCACCCACUCAUGGAAACUCAGACAGCGCUGUCAAGUUCUACAUCUUUCAUCCUUAUUAUGAGGAGUUCCCGAUGACAGUUCCCAUCACAGUUCUCCCCGAUCGAGGACGUCUCACCCCUGGCGCAAUUCAAGUACGAUUCCAAGGCGAGUGGAAGCGUCUCAUAGACUGGUUGCCGACCAUUCUAAAUCGCGAUAUGCUGCUAGACGGAUACAAGCGUUCCCUGCAGUCCCAGCAGAUAUCGUGGGCCAAGAACGGAAAAUCCUUCCCCUUCAUGCGACUUCCGCCGGAGAUUCGAAGGAUAAUCUAUCGCGAGGUCAUAGGAGAUGAGAUCCAUCCAUUCAAAGUUGCUAAGGGUGGCCCUGUCACGCUAGGGCGGCCUGUUCCUAGAGACGCGCCGUUCUCCUACACGUCGGACUUCUUUGAGCGUGUCUUAAGGAUGGGAAAGGCCUAUGUCAAUUUGAAUAUUCUCUAUACCAACCGGAAAAUUCGCGGAGAAGCCUUGCAAGCAGCUUGGGAAGGGACAUGGAAGCACUUCGAGAAUUCUUACAACUUCCAAGACAUUGCCACUGAGUUCGUCCAAGAUGAUGGCCGAGGCCGAUUUUCGAGCCCCUCGAUUGGCCGCCCUCAGGGAUACAAUUGGCUCUCCAGAAUCGAGCUAAACUUAUAUACUCGGGAGUACUUCGAGUUCUUUGGAGCGCGACUCACUUUGGUUCACCGGCAGGUUCAAUUCGAUUGGCAGCAGUCUCCAGGCGCACUUCUUCGCACAAUACCCACGUUGACACAUCUUAGUUUGGGCUUCAAAAACCCCUAUUGCUCUGAAGAGAAUUGGAUCACACGCCGUGAUCCAUGGGGACAGUUCUACGAGAACAACUACGAGGCGCUCUACAACAUGGGGCUCUGGGCCAUUUUCCCCCAAUGUGGCUGUCAUCGCACCGCGGUCGAGUGGAUUCUCAACUUUGCGUUCCCCUGCAUCAAGCAUAUUCGAUGUGUCAUCCUGACUGGCUGCGUCAAGACUGUUCAGAAACGUGCAUGGGAAGCCAUCCUUGCAACAGAGUACAAGGAAAGCGCGUUGAGUUAUCGAACCCACGGCUACGACUGGGAGGAAGAGAUGGCAAAGAUCAAGUCUGCCACUGUAUACGAUGCUCCGGUAUGUUCAUGCCCACUGUCAUGCAUCCGCUACGAAGCAAUGGACCAAUUGCACAGCGAGUACCUUGACCUUGCCAAAAACUUCGAUCACCAUGACGAGUCUACCCCGGAGAUCUUGGAACGCGUGAUAAGGGUCAAGAAGCAAGUGUUGGAACUGUUCGGGGCCAACAUACGGGUCCGCAAUCUCAAAUUAUUUGGACGCAACUCUGAACUAGUUGCUCUAGAAAAUGCGUUGAAAGAGGUAUUGGUGCACUACAAGCCAGGCGAUCGUAUUGAGGAAUGCUCAUUCCUGGCGCGUUGGAGUUGGGGGACCGCUCCCGACGACUGGCAGUUAGAAUGGUCAUGUCCAAAGGGGCUGCUACUAUGA